AUGACAGACUUUGGCAUGGUCGAACCUGAAGAGUUCGUUGCUCUUGAUGUUGAGGCGCCGUGGUUGAAAGACGGCGACUUGGGGGAAUGCUAUGUGACGGUCGUGUCUGGGAGCGUUCUUGAGUCCGAGGGGAUCGAGUUCUUGGCCGGCAAGCGAGUCCUCGACAAGCUCAGGAUCAAGGGUAAGCUUCAAGCGUUGUAA